GUAACCUGUGUAAGCAGUUGGACUCAAUAAAAAUACCAUCAGUGCAAUCAACAAUAUUGGAUAUUUCAAGCCAACGCAGUGCCAACUUAGAGCCAUACCAGAAAUUUUAAAAGGAUUGAAUGUCGUUUGUUGUGCUGAAACCGGAUCGGGCAAGACACUUGCUUACUUGAGUCCGAUUAUGGAAAAAAUUUCACUGGCAAAAGCUAGAGGAGCUUUUCCUUCUUCCUUUUUAAAGAGCAGAACAGUUCAAUAAAGAUAAAAGAUGAAUUAAGAAGAUAAUUAACUCAACUUGUAGUCGCAUUAUCUUCAAUUGCAGCGUCAAAGUAUACAUCAUCAUUUGAGUGCUUAAUAUGUACCAAGUUAUCAAACGCUUGUAUCCUUAUGUUUUGUAACUACAUGUUAGUUUGUUUACUCAAAUUCAAACAAUAAAAUGGAAUUUUUGGACUUGGAUGAACUUGUUCAUGAUGAAUCCUACUUGGCGAAACCAACGGAUCAUCUUAUGGAUUGUCAAGAACCAGUUACUUCAUUGAUAUCUCAUUCGACUUCAGCAAAAUUUGAUGUUUUCUCUUAUGAUGAUGAUACUCUUCGAUCUUGUUUAAUCGACUCUUCCAGUGAUCAUUUAAUAGAUGAUAUAAUUAACAACGACCCAUUAAUGGGGUGCAUUUCAAACAGUGAAACAAACAAAGAUCCAAGUCAACCAGAAACCUUUUCAUUUACCUCAUCAGAUUGGAUUAGUGAUUUUUCAGCUAGCUUAACAGGUGAUUUGCUUGAAUCUUCAUCGACUUCAUCAUUCAUCUCCUCAACGGAUCUUUUUAAAUUUUGUUUUCCAUCGGAGUUACCUUCAGCAUCAACAUGUGAAUCUUGUGAUCAGACUGAAACAACAGGACCUUCCAACAAUUGUGGCAACCAUAACCAACAGUCAUCUAGUCCUGAGAUUAAUAACAGGGAAUUCAAAAAGAUACUUUCAUUGAAUGUUGACAACUCAGAAUUGAAGGAACCAUGGAUCUCCAGUGUAGGAAAGAAGAUACUGGCCACUUAUUACACUCCAAUCAAUAUUAAAUCAGAAUUUUUGUCCAACCGAAUAUCUUUGGAUGAAUUUGAAUCACUUGCGUUAAUAGAAGCUGUUAAUGCCUUUCGCUUUAUUGCUUCACGUAAUGGGCCAGCUCCACGUCGAAAUCUGAUAAAACAAUAUUCGUGUUCAAAAUCAUUUGUUAGAAACUGUGAAAAAGUUCGUGCUUACAGGAAAUUACAUGCGGACGAUAAAAUCACCUUAUUAUCCAAUGUGUUUUUUGAUAUUCAUGCAAUGAAAAGUAUAAUCACAUUUGACCAUCGCACCGAUAGUUUUGAGUAUUCUGGGAAAAGACUUGACAGGGUAAAGGUUUUUCAUCUGGACCCAGAUUUACACGAUGGAUUGAAUCAUGUUAUUGAAACCUUUCCGGAUCGAUGGCGAAAUGAUCUUAAAGCUAUUGCUGUCAUUUAUCUAAUUGUUAUCUUCAACCCUGAUCUACCUGAUUUGAAAUAUGCUGAUGCUAUUAGAAUGGAACAAUAUGCUUAUAUUUAUCUACUUGGACGAUAUCUUGAAUCAGUUUGUGAAUCACCUAGUGAUGCUUCAGACAAUCUAUACAGAUUGAUGGUCAAAAUUGAAGAGAUUCAAAAGUUACGAGAUAACAUGGUCAAUAUAAUCAAUGCAUUCAGAGCUGGCGCUUCUUUGGACUGUAAAAAUAUAAUUAUAACUGCCAUUCAAAAUUCAAUAACAUCAAAUAAUCUGAUCCAUUAGCAAAACUUUUGGAUUUUUGGCUUGUCUUAUUGUAAACAGAACUUUGAUCUUUUACUUGACUGAUCUCACAUGACUAUCAAUAAAUAAUGAUAUAUCUUUGAUAAA